AGCCCCAAACCACCACCCCCUCCUUCUCGGCCACAUUUGAGCCUCACACCCCCCUCUCAUCCCCUGGACAUACACACUCAGACUCACAGCUGAGUGGGAGUGGAAUUUAUGCGUCUUAUACAGAUUCUGCAGGCUUCUCUGUGUUUGUGAAUGACUGGGUCGGACUGUGUGUGAGUGUGUGUGAGUAUGUUUGUGUGGGGGUAUUGAAGUGGGUCGUACAGGACAACUGGAGGAGCGAAAGCCAAACCUAGCAGAGGGGAGAUGAUCCAAGCUUGCACACCUCAGCACCCAGCAUGAUGCUUUCUCUGCAUCCGCCUCCAGUUCAAGCACAAAGCAUCUCAAGGAACAACAGGAUGGGAGGCGACUGAGGCAUCUUCUGCAUACCAUCACUCCACUCCGCCAGCUGUCCAUCAUGCAAGGCUUGGGGCUUUUUCAAGGACCUGCGUGGGAUUUUUAGACCUUUUUAGUUUUUUUUUUACAUUGUUAUAUCCUUCCAGUCGAUACCUGUGUGCUUCAGGUUCGAGCAGACUUCGGAGGACCAGCGGUGUGGGGAGAAUGCAGGACCAUGGAGGAGAGAGACAGGUCGCCGGCAGUCUGCCGCACAGCGUUAAGGCCAGCCUGUCCCUUUCUCCAACUGGGCCAGGACGGGUGGGCAGCGGCGGUGGCUCUCCCACGUCCAAAACGGCCCCCUGCAGUGGAGGUGUGCCCGUGGAGGACAUGCAAGCCCUGGCCAUCACCUCACUCUCUGCAGCCGAUGUAGCCAAACAGUUUGAGCAUAUCCGCGAGCUGGGGAAGGGCACCUAUGGCAAGGUGGACCUGGUGGCUCACAGAACGCAGGGUACCAAGAUGGCGCUGAAAUUUGUCACAAAAAACAAGACAAAGCUGAAGAGUUUCCUGCGGGAAUUCAGUCUAACGGGCUCGCUUAGUUCCAGCCCGUUUAUCAUCAAAGUCCUGGACGUGCUUUUCGAGACGGAGGACAGCUAUGUAUUUGGACAAGAGUAUGCCCCCGCCGGGGACCUUUUCGACAUCAUUCCCCCACAGGUGGGUCUGCCAGAGGAAAUGGUGAAACGCUGCAUGCAACAACUUGGUUUGGCCCUGGAUUUCAUGCACAGUAAAAACUUGGUGCACCGCGACGUCAAACCAGAAAACGUGCUGCUGUUUGACCGAGAGUGUCGCCGCAUCAAGCUGGCCGACUUCGGCAUGACCCGCCGAGUGGGCUCCCGCGUGAAAAGGGUGAGCGGCACCAUUCCCUACACGGCGCCCGAGGUGUGCCGCGCCAGCCGCACCGAGGGCUUCCUGGUGACCACCAGUCUAGACGUGUGGGCUUUCGGCGUACUGGUCUUCUGUAUGCUGACGGGCAACUUCCCCUGGGAGGCGGCACUCCCGGCCGACACGUUCUAUGAGGAGUUCAGGCGUUGGCAGAAAGCGGGGUGCCCGGUGGGGACGUACCCGUCGCAGUGGCGCCGCUUUACCGACGACGCCCUGCGCAUGUUUCAGAGGCUCCUCGCUGCCGAGCCAGAAAAGCGUUGCGGUGUCAAAGACGUCUUCUGUUUUGUCAAAUACGAGCUGGUGAGCGAGCUCCGGCGCAGAGCGUCCUACCGCGCCAAAAGAGGUGAAAGGUCGAGCUCGGGGGUGUGCACCGGCAACUGCACAUCAUCAUCUUCUUCCUCCUCGCACGCCACCCACAGACAACCGGAGCCUUCCACGCCUCCUGGAAGCGCCCGCCUUCGCCCGGCACCUCUCAAACGGAGCGUUCUCUCCGAUCCGUUGUCACCCAGAGAGGAGUCUGGACAGCACCAGUCUCCGGGCCGGGACAAGAACAAAAGCCAGAUGGUCAUGGCGACCGCCAUUGAAAUCUGUGUGUGACCACACUUGAUGGCUUUUCACAGGGAAAGCAAGGUGUGAAGGGACUCCUGGUAAUGAAAUCUGUGUGGGACCAUACUUGAUGGCCUUCCACAGUAAUGGCAAGGUGUGAAGGGACUCCUGGUAAUAAAGAGAAGCUCCGGAUCAGUCAUCAUCAAGCAGGUUGGACCUGGACCGUCUAUUUUAGGGCCAUGGCCAAAGACGGAUGAAGAUCUUCGGCAGACUUGGCAGCACAUUCCUGACAAGCGUUUUAGCAGUCGACACAACAUGGUGGUGCUAAGAUCACAUGAUACAUUACCACGACUCCUCCUCACAGGGGUGUCCAAAGUGCGGCCCGGGGUCCAAUUUUUCUUUUUCUAUUGCCACUGGACAGAUUGUAAAAUUAAAAAAUUAAUUCAUUGCAUAUGCUCUUAGUAGUGCUGUUACAAGAUUAUUAUUUUUUUUUAAAUUUACAGUUUGGAUUAAUGAUGAUUAAUCACAUGUUUUACCCGCAGGCAUAAUUUCAAUGAACUUACAAAUGCAUAUUCAUUUAAAAAAAGACCACAACAUUUAGACACAAAUGUAUUGUUUCAAAAGAUAAUGGUAUUAUUCCUCUUCUAUACAUACAUGGGUAAUGGAGGUAGGAAUAUUUCAGAAGCUCAAGAUUAGAUCGGAUUUCCGUUCUUGGGGUGAUGAUUCGGUUCAGAAUCGAGUCUCAAUUCAACACUUCGACUUACACAAUUUUUAUUGAUCCACAAUGGAAAUUGUUCCACACAGUAGCUCGGUUACAAAGUAUGGAAAGGGUAAGGAUGGAAAGAACAAUGCAGGUAUAAAGUAGACUAAAGAUGUACCAUAGUAACAUACCGCAUUUCCUUGAAUUGCCGCCGGGGCGCUAAUUAAUUUAAAACCUCCUCUCACCCCUGUGCUUACCAAAGGCAUGCGGUAAAGGUAAGCAUGCGCUAAUUAUUUUAAAACCUCUUCUCACUCCGGCACUUACCAAAGGUAUGCAGUAAAAAUUUGAGUGUGAUGUAAGCUUAGACCUUAAAUCCUACUUAAUAGCUCUUAAUCUUCUUCCCUUUAUGCAAUUUCAAAUUACCGGUAUUGAAAUCAGCCUCCUCCAUUUUGAAAAUGAUGACAGGGGAAGUGUCACUCGUGAUGUCACGAUUUUGACCAGGCGGUAAUACUAAGCAUGCGCUAAUUAUUUUGACCCGGCAGUAAUUCAAGGAAGGCGCAUACUAUAUGCCCUGCGGCAAUUCAAGGAAAUACGGUAUAUGUAAUACAUACAUAUUAUAUAUACAGUAUAUAAUAUAUACUAAUAAAUUAUAUCAUAUUUGUAUUUAAUAUAUACAAUAUAUAACAAAUCUCAAUUACCAUGUACAAUAUUACAGUAUACCUAUCAGCUGCAGCAAAAAAACUAAGACAAAACACAAUUCUUGAUUCCAACAUAUUCUCACAAUGUAUUAUUUGGCAUAGUAAUUAUGAUAAAAAACUUUUCAAACGAGGUUACAGGUUACAGAACUUCCUUUUGGUUGCUGACGUACAAGCACAGCGUAUAAGUAUUUUUUUAAAUUUAUUUAAAAAACAAAAAAUUACAUCAAUAUUUGAAAAUUUAGAAUCGAUUUGGAAUCAGAAUAAAUAAGGGUAACACUUUAGUAUGGGGAACAUAUUCUAAGUAACAAAUACUUAAUUUAGAGUUAUUUGGACAUUAGGGGAACAUAUUCUAACGAACAAAGACUUAAUUUAGAGUUAUUUGGUUAGGGUUCGGGUUGAGGUUAGGGUUAGGGUUAGAGGGUAACACUUUCGUAUGGGGAACAUAUUCACCAUUAAUUAGUGGCUUAUUAACAUACAAAUUAGGAACAUAUUGGCUCUUAAUUAGUCAUUAUUAAGUACUUAUCAAUGUUCCCCAUACUAAAGUGUUAUCUAAAUAAUAUUAUUUUAUAGCAUCCCCAAUGAUUAAUGCAAUAUAAACACAUGAUUUGCCUGCUCAGUGGCCUUGUGGUUAGAGUGUCCGCCCUGAGAUCGGUAGGUCGGGAGUUCAAACCCCGGCCGAGUCAUACCAAAGACUAGAAAAAAUGGAACCCAUUACCUCCCUUGCUUGGCGCUCAGCAUCUAGGGUUGGAAUUUUGGGUUAAAUCAUCAAAAUGAUUCCUGUGUGUGGCCACCGCCGCUGCUCACUGCUCCCCUCAUCUCCCAGGGGGUGGAACAAGGGGAUGGGUCCAAUGCAAAGAGUAAUUUCACCACACCUAGUGUGUGUGUGACUGUCAGCGGUUCUUUGAUUGAAGUUUUUUUUAUUUCUGACAGCCCAAGUUAUUACGUAUUAGAGUAAUUCUCUUUGUCACCUAUAACACAAAGCUAACGUGGAUGUUUUGUCCAGCUUGGUUAGAUAGUACACCAGUUUUCUUUGAGCAUCUUUAAUGUACACAAUCCAUCAAUGUGGGUCCCCCCCAGCCGUUCAGCCAAUUGACGGGACCUGGCUGGACAAAAUUUUGGACACCCCUGAUCAAAGACAUCCAGCACGUUCCCAACAAAAAAAGUAGCAGAUCGUAAGGGAGAUGUUGUCAUGUAGACUAAAAGACUCACCUCAGGACCCUCCAGUGGAUCACUUCCUGUUUUGUUAGAAUCCAUUCCAGUAAAUCUAUUGUGUUGGACUGCUGGGACUGUACAUUGUUACAGCACAAUGUACAAUGUUCUACUUGUGAGUGUGUGCGUUUCCAACACUGAAAAAGCACAAGAUGUUUCUAAAGGGUACUCAAUAUUGUAGAUAGAUUUGGUAUUUAAAAAAAAAAAAAAAAGUGCUCUAUACUAUCAGGUAGUUCAACGAUGUAGCUGUAUCUCUUUUGCUAAAAUCAGGGGUUUAGGUCACUUGUCAGGUCACUGCAUUGUAUGUAGCAACUCAACAUGACAUGGCAGAAUGUACAGUAUAGAGAAUAUUAUUACAGCCUACGAUGAUGUUUCAGCUGCUCCGUUUCUUCUACUUUGCUCUGUUUAGCUGAAUUAGUGGUCAUGACGUGGCCAAAUUGGUUGGUUGACAGUCAGAAUGAAUCACUGUAGUAUUUAAUGUUGGCGAUUAUGUUGUAAAAGGUUCAGUGGUGCACUUUGUUACAAUUUCUGGCACCACUGAUCGGUACAGUUGAGGAGGCUUUUUAACUAAACAAUUUUUACCCUUUAAACGUGUACCGUAAAUGGAAAGCUGUGGUAUAUAUUCUCAUCAGCUAGUUAACUAGUUGUUAGUCUUGAUGCUAGCAAUAAAUUCCAGUUGUUUGUCACAGUCUCUUUGGGGUUGGUUCUCACAUUAAUCACGUGGCCUAAAUAUGUUUUUCCUGUUCAUGUUCCUGGCUUGUUUUGUGUCUUUCUGCGCUGUAGAGCACACCAGUAUUUAAACCGCAAAUUUUAGACAAAAUAAAUAUUGACAUAUAUUAGCCGCACCGGACUACAAACAUAUAUACUGGUACAAAUUUAUUUUGUAAAUGUUUAUGAAUUAGUUUAAAAUGGGCUUCACGGUGGCAGAGGGGUUAGUGCGUCUGCCUCACAAUACGAAGGUCCUGCAGUCCUGGGUUCAAAUCCAGGCUCUGGAUCUUUCUGUGUGGAGUUUGCAUGUUCUCCCCGUGAAUGCGUGGGUUCCCUCCGGGUACUCCGGCUUCCUCCCACUUCCAAAGACAUGCACCUGGGGAUAGGUUGAUUGGCAACACUAAAUUGGCCCUAGUGUGUGAAUGUGAGUGUGAAUGUUGUCUGUCUAUCUGUGUUGGCCCUGCGAUGAGGUGGCGACUUGUCCAGGGUGUACCCCGCCUUCCGCCCGAUUGUAGCUGAGAUAGGCGCCAGCGCCCCCCGCGACCCCGAAAGGGAAUAAGCGGUAGAAAAUGAAUGGAUGGAUGGAUAGUUUAAAAUGGCGCCUGUCAGUAGGCAGUAAAACAGCUCAUCAGACAAAAGAGAAGUCAUCGUCAGGGACCCACUAGCUGCGUAGGGUAGCUCUCCAAUCAGCUAAACAGACUCAAUAACUCCACGGUGACGUUUUGGUGAAUUUAUGUAACUAAAACUAUCCAAAAAGAAUGACAUUGUAAUUUGAUAAUACUAACAAUAAUGAAUGAAGAAUCCUUUCAAGCAAAGACUCUAUGAAUGAAUACUCCUCUUAUUACUUCGGCAUAGUUUGGUUGGUAGAGCGGCCGUGCCAGCAACUUGAGGGUUGCAGGUUCAAUUCCCGCUUCCGCCAUCCUAGUCACUGCCGUUGUGUCCUUGGGAAAUACACUUUACCCACCUGCUCCCAGUGCCACCCACAUUGGUUUAAAUGUAACUUGGAUAUUGGGUUUCACUAUGUAAAGCGCUUUGAGUCACUACAGAAAAGCGCUAUAUAAAUGUAAUUCACUUCACUUCACUUCACUUCUUAAGGUUUCCUAUUAUGUAAAACCAACUUCUCUUCAAUCAAUCAAUCAAUCAAAGUUUAUUUAUAUAGCCCUAAAUCACAAGCGUCUCAAAGGGCUGCACAAGCCACAACGACAUCCUCAGAUCCCACAUCAGGGCAAGAAAAAAACUCAACCCUAUGGGAUUCAAUGAGAAACCUCUGAGGAGACACAUUUCAACAUGUUCAAAAAUGAAGUAGGAAGAAGCAGAGCUCGUUUAAUCAUACCCCUUUUGUGCGUUUCACAGCGUUGACUCUCACUUUUGUUCAGUUUGUGAACUGUAGAAAUUGCUAUAAAGAUGGAAAAGGGGUACGAAUGAAUAAGCUUUGAUUAUCCCUACUUUUUUUUUCAACAUGUUUUAAAGAAUAUUGUAACUAUGUACAGUACAAGCCAAAAGUUUGGACACACCUUCUAUUUCAAUUAUAUUAUGCCUAUUUACAUUGUAGAUUGUCACUGAAGGCAUCACAACUAUGAAUGAACGCAUGUGGAGUUAUGUACUAAAAGGGGAACAUCAUCACCAGACCUAUGUAAGCGUCAAUAUAUACCUUGAUGUUGCAGAAAAAAGACCAUAUAUUUUUUUAACCGAUUUCCGAACUCUAGAUGGGUGAAUUUUGGCGAAUUAAACGCCUUUCUAUUAUUUGCUCUCGGAGCGAUGACGUCAAAACGUGACAUCACCUAAGUAGUCAACCGCCAUUUUCUCCACCACAUUACACGCGGCAAGUCAAAUCAGCUCUGUUAUUUUCCGUUUUUUCGACUGUUUUCCGGUACCUUGGAGACAUCAGGCCUCGUCGGUGUGUUGUCGGAGGGUGUAACAACACGAUCAGGGACGGAUUCAAGUUGAUUUACGUGGAGUGUGCAUCGAUUAACACGGCAUGCUAAUCGAUGCUAACAUGCUAUUUAGGCUAGCUGUAUGUACAUAUUGCAUCGUUAUGAGUCAUUUGUAGCUAUAUUUACAUCUAGCCUUUCCCUCCAUUCACAUUUAAUGCCAAACAAACACUUACCAAUCGACAGAUUUAAGUUGCUCCAGUGUCACAAGAUGCGAAAGUCCCGAUCGUUUGGUCUGCACAUUUUACCGGCGAUGCUACGACAGACAUGGCACAGAGAAACGUGUGGAUAUCCUGCGACACUCAAAGCAGAUGCGUUUCCAACGAUAAAGUCAAAGAAAUCACAAAGGUGAGUUUUGUUGGUGUUAUUGACUUAUGUGCUAAUCAGACAUAUUUGGUCGCGGUAUGACUGCCGGCUAAUCGAUGUUAACAUGCUAUUUAGGCUAGCUGUAUGUACAUUUGUAGUUGUAUUUGCAUCCAGCGUUUCCCUCCACCCACAUUAAAUGCCAAACAAACACUUACCAAUCGGCGGAUUUAAGUUGCUCCAGUGUCAAUGCGAAAGUCCCGAUCGUUUGGUCCGCACAUUUUACCGGCGAUACUAAGGCAAACAUGGCCGAAUAGCAUCAAUAGCUAUUCGCUCAAUAGCUUCAGUUUCUUCUUCAAUUUCAUUUUGUCUAUCUGCCUCCAUACUCCAACCAUCCGUUUCAAUACAUGCGUAAUCUGUUGAAUCGCUUAAGCCGCUGAAAUCCGAGUCUGAAUCCGAGCUAUAGUCGCUAUAUCUUGCUGUGGUAUCCGCCAUGUUGUUUGUAUUGGAAUCAAUGGAUGACGUCACAGGAAAAUGGACAGUGGCUUCGCAGAUAGCGAAAAUCAGGCACUUUAAAGCUUUUUUAGGGAUAUUCCGGGACGGGUAAAAUUUUGAAAAUAAUUUCAAAAAAUAAAAUAAUCCACUUGGAACUGAUUUUUAUUGGUUUUAACCCUUCUGAAAUUGUGAUAAUGUUCCCCUUUAACAAAAAAAGGUGAAAUAACUGUUUUAUAUUCUAGUUUCUUCAAAAUAGCCACCCUUUGCUCUGAUUACUUUUUCGCACACUCUUGGCAUUCUCUUGAUGAGCUACAAGAGGUAGUCACCUGAAAUGGUUUUCACUUGACAGGUGAGCUUGGAGCUCAUCGAGAGAAUGCCAAGAGUGUGCACAGCAGUAAUCUGAGCAAAGUGUGGCUAUUUUGAAGACACUAGGAUAUAAAACAUGUUUUCAGUUAUUUCACCUUUUAUGUUAGGUACAUCUGCAAUGAGGUGGCGACUUGUCCAGGGUGUACAACGCUUUCCGCCCGAUUGUAGCUGAGAUAAGCACCCGCGCCCCCCGCGACCCCCAAAGGUAAUAAGCGGUAGAAAAUAGAUGGAUGGAUGUUAAGCACAUAACUCUAUAUAUGUUCAUUCAUAAUUGUGUUGCCUUCAGUGACAAUCUACAAUGUAAAUAAUCAUGAAAAUAAAAUAUUAAAUGAGGUGUGUCCAAACUUUUGGCCUGUACUGUAGGUUUGAAAUAAAUCCAAACCACAGCCAUAACACAAACAAUUGAAGUAAUAGAUUUAGUACCUUUAAAAUAUAAAAAUUGCCAUUAAAAUAAUAUUGUGACAACCAACCCCACAGUGUGUGUGUAAACCAUCCCCGUGAAGGUGUGUCUCUGAUGGAAGUUGAUUCAUCCCUUUGUUACAGAAAAGGGAUAAUCAUUUCAAGAUAACACCUUAUGCUUCAAUUUCAUGCAGGAAUGAAUAUUGAUCGUGAGCAAUUCACUCCACAGUAAAGAAGUGUGACAACCAACCCCGUUCUCCCAUCACAUCUUGGCACCCUGGUAAGAAGACAAGGUGCACUUUUGAUCGGUUGACACUGAAGCCUCACUUUGAGAAUUGGACUAACACUAAAGAUGCAAAUUCUCAAACAGUGUACCAAGUUUUGGCAACCUCCCGUUGGGGCGGCAAACUGGAGGUGAGAGUCACCACUCAAUGCACCUUGCCGACCGAGUAGACAAUUUCACGAACAACACAAGAACAGAUAUUGUUGUCAAAUAAAGCGUACGUUGAGUGUAAUUACUGAAAUAACUGAUUUGUACACAAUUUUGGCACCUAAAGGGCAGGGCUCGACAGACUUGCCUCUGUUAAGUAGUUUGCUUCAACAACCAGAAUGGAGAUGAAAGAAAAAAACUGAAGAUGUCCAAUAAUAUCGCGCUACCGAUAUUGUGCUUUAAAAUAUUAUAUCGGAAAUGAUCGGUAUCGGUUUCAAAAUUAUCGGUAUCAGUUUUAAAAAAUGACUUUUUAAAACGCCGCUGUGUAUACGGACGUAGGGAGAAGAACAGAGCGCCAAUAAACCUUGAAGGCACCACCUCUACGUGCCGGCCAGUCAGAUGAUAUUUAGGGCUUUUCACACACACAAGUGAAUGCAACGCAUACUUGAUCACCAGCCACACAGAUCACACUGAGGGUGGCCGUAUAAACAAUUUGAACAUUGUUACAAAUGUGCGCCACACUGUGAACCCACACUAAACAAGAAUGACAAACACAUUCCGGGAGAACAUCCGCACGUAUCACAACAUAGACACAACAGAACAAAUACCCAGAACCCCUUGCAGCACUAACUCUUCCGGGACGCUACAAUAUACACCUUCCGCUACCACCCCACCUCAACCCCGCCCACCUCAACCUUCUCAUGCUCUCUCAGGGAAAGCAUGUCCCAAAUUCCAAGCUGCUGUUAAGAAGCAUGUUUUAAAAAAUAAUGCACUUUGUGACUUCAAUAAUAAAUAUGGCAGUGCCAGGUUGGCAUUUUUUUUUCCAUAACUUGAGUUGAUUUAUUUUGGAAAACCUUGCUACAUUGUUUAAAAAAUCCUGCGGGGCAUCACACCAAAAUUAGGAAUA